AUGUUGAAACUUGAGCCAAUUGUGGGGAGAGUGGAUUCUGCAUCUGCCGCGACUGCAGCCAAAGACCCAGGGACCUGGAUUCAAGAUAGUGCGCAGUAUAAGCUGGAACCAGAGAAGAUGCCUACGACAUGGAAGCUCAGGCAAUCCGAGCCAGAUGCCUACUCGAGAGAGCUCACAGUCGAUUUUGAGCAUCCAGUCAAAGCAACACAAGAGGAUGACGAAGCCAAUGCCAAGUUUGGGAAGCGCGAAGUAUCAUCUUCGGCGUCGUACGGCGGUGAUGGUCUAGACAUCUGCGGUAACGUGAACUUCUUCGCGAGCCAGGGAUAA